UGGUUCGAUGUCGCGGAUCUCGUACUCAGCUGUCCCGGCCAUGAUGGGCAGGAGAUGAUUCCGGGCCCCAGGCACCGGGCUCCGCAAUCGCAAGCACUGGUUGCUCUUUUAACUUGCGCGUGUCGCACUGACAUCGCGACCUCUUGCUCAAACGCAAUCCAGGGGCCCUGAUCCGGCAGACAAAGGAACAUCGUCGCCAAAAAGCAUUCACAAUGGGCCAAGUCAAGACAAUUGACCUCUCAAACACCGCGGCCGCGUACUACGCGCCCGCCACCGUUGCGCCCUCCGGCAACACCAUCCAGAUCUCUGGCCAGGUUGGGACAGCCCAGGACGGGUCUGUUCCCGAAGACUAUGAGUCGCAGAUUCACCUCGCCCUCUUGAACCUGCGCAAGGUCAUCAUCAGUGCUGGAGCCGAGGUUCGGGACAUCACCAAGCUCACCGUCUACGUUGUCAAUUAUGACGCGGCGAACCGAAAGCACACGCGCCACAUCCAGAAGUUUCUUCGGGGCCACCGCCCAGCAAUGACACUCGUCCCCGUCAGCAAGCUCGCGAUGCCAUCGUGGCUGAUUGAGAUUGACGCCGUCGUCGCACAGCCGACGAGCCAGAUCCCUCGUGGCCUCGCCCCACCGCUCGCCAAGCCCAGUGCUUCCUACGACGUCAUAGUAAUCGGAGCUGGGCUUGCUGGGUUGACAGCAGCAUCCGAGAUCGUUCGCGCCGGGUUGUCGUGCAUUGUCCUCGAGGCGCGCGACCGCGUCGGCGGCAAGACCUGGAGCCAGAAGUUGCCGGGUGGCACAGGGGUGGUCGAUCUUGGUGCAGCUUGGCUCAACGACAGCAACCAGUCCAGGGUCAUUUCUCUCGCCCGGAGAUUCGGGGCUGACCUCAUCGAGCAAAACACCAAUGGCAACUGCGUGCUCCAGGACUUUGACGACAGCUGUAGUCCUUUCGCAUACGGCGAAAUUCCCAAUUUUGAUGAGCAAACACGCAAGAACAUCCAAGAAAUCCGCGACUUGGCCGAAAAGGAGUGCCAAGCUCUAGACACCUGGAGGCCGAGCGACACCUCCCUAGACUCCAUGACGUUCGAAGCGUACCUGCGAUCCCGUGGAGCGAGCGAGCCUGCGGUCGCCACGGGAACUGUCUGGACGCGAGCUAUGCUGGGGCAGGACCCCAAAGACAUCUCGGCUCUGUAUUUUCUCAACUACUGCAAGUCUGGAGGGGGCCUGAUGCAGAUGCGUUCGGACCGGAAGGAUGGCGGACAGUACCUCCGCAUCCGCCAAGGAACACAACUCCUGGCGAAGGGUCUUUCAUCUACCCUGCCAGAGGGUGUUGUUCACCUCUCGACUCCCGUGGACGCAAUUGUCCAGCAAGGUGGAGAGAACGGCGAUGUCCUUGUACGGACGUCGGCUGGUGGUGGCAUUACCUAUUCUGCGAAGAAGCUCAUCACCACAGUUCCAGGCCCAGCCCUAAAGACAAUUUCAUUCUUCCCCAAGCUGCCACCUUCCAAGCAGCUCUGGAUCGACUCUCUCAGCUACGGGUACUAUACCAAGGCCAUGAUGGAGUUCAAGUCCCCUUUCUGGGUGGAAUCUGGCCAUUGUGGACUGAUCAACUCCUUUGUCGGCCCAGCGAGCGUCGUCCGCGACACCUCCAGUCCCAAGGAUUCCAAGCACGUGCUGACAUGCUUCAUGGCGGCUGAUCAAGGUCGCGCAUGGGGAGCGCUGCCGACUACGAGGGAGAAAGAGCAGGCACUGCUCAACCAGCUGGAGAAGCUCUACGGCAGGUCUGAUCUCGAGGCAUUGUUUGUUUCUCUGACAUUCUACGAAUGGACAGGAGAUGCCUGGUCUGGAUGGGGCUGUCCAUGCACUGCGCUGACUCCCGGCGUGCUGGAUGCGGCUGGCCCGGACGGCCUCAGAGAGUCCUUUGGAAGCCUUUACUUUGCAGGUACGGAGACUGCCGGAGAGUGGAAGGGUUACAUGGAAGGUGCGGUCCGCAGCGGCGAGAGAGCUGCAGAUGAGGUUAUGAAGGCCCUGAACUGCGGCAUCGUUUCGAAGCUUUGAUUCGUUCUGAGAUUUAUUCCAUACAGCAGAAUUGGGACACGCGUUUAAUAGUCCCCAACUUGGUGUAGCGGUCAUCAAUUGAUUACUCGCAUGCUGUCGACAAUUGUCUUCUUUGCUCCUGGUAAUCAUUUGAAGUGUGAGUUGAAUGCAACGUUUCGUACCAAG